AUGAUAGUGUUGAUACUGGCAUCGGUCCACCCAUGGACUGGUGUUUCUAAACAAAUUCUUGACAGUUAUAUGGGAAAAUAGAAUAUCCCGAUUAAUAAUCUUCUUGUGAUUGAGAAUUAGUAUAGUUAGAGUGUUACAAAUUCAAAAAACUCCACUUUUAUUAUCUUAUACUCUUUGUAAGUUGUGGAAUAGUAAAAUCUUUCGGCUCUCCUCGUUAGGCGAUGUCUUGAGAUUGGAUUAGAUUGCUUGCGCGAAUAAUUAUGCGCAUUGCAGAAAUGCAAGAAGAAAUUUGUUGUUUACGACGUUUGUGGUACCGUUAGCGGUAUUGUAUUACAUCUUAGUGGCUACGUGUAAGCAUUACGUGUUGUUUAUGUCUUUGGUAACGUGAAAAUCAAAGGAUAGAUCGAAUAUGUCGGCGAAUAGUACAAAAUACUGCCCUUCGGAACGUGUAGUAAAAAGUGUUCCAUUCCCUCCUAGUCAUAAACUUACACUAGCCGAAGUUUUUGACCCAAAGACCACAAAACCUCGCACAGAUCUCCUAAAGCAGCAUUUUGUGUUAGAAGGCCGCAUUGAAGAGGCUGCAGCGCUCAAAAUAAUUGAUGAAGGAGCAGCCCUUUUGCGACAAGAGAAAACUAUAUUAGAUAUUGAAGCUCCUGUGACUGUGUGUGGUGAUAUUCAUGGCCAGUUCUUUGACCUCAUGAAGCUUUUCGAGGUUGGGGGUUCACCUUCUUCAACAAAAUAUCUUUUCCUUGGAGACUAUGUUGAUCGGGGGUAUUUCAGCAUUGAAUGUGUGCUCUACUUAUGGUCAUUGAAGAUCUGCUAUCCUACGACAUUAUUUCUUCUCCGUGGUAACCACGAAUGUAGGCAUUUAACAGAGUAUUUCACCUUCAAAACAGAGUGUAAAAUAAAAUAUUCUGAAAGAGUGUAUGAUGCCUGUAUGGAAGCAUUUGAUUGUUUACCUUUAGCCGCAUUAAUGAAUCAGCAGUUUUUAUGUGUUCAUGGUGGCCUAUCUCCAGAAGUACAUACUUUAGAUGAUAUUAAAAAAUUGGAUCGAUUUAAAGAGCCACCUGCCUUUGGUCCAAUGUGUGAUCUUCUUUGGUCAGAUCCUUUAGAAGAUUUUGGAAAUGAGAAAACGACUGAACAUUUUACUCACAAUAGUGUCCGAGGUUGCUCAUAUUUCUACAGUUAUGCUGCUUGUUGCGAGUUUCUACAACAAAAUAACUUGCUAUCAAUCAUUAGAGCUCACGAAGCACAAGAUGCUGGGUAUCGAAUGUACAGGAAAAGUCAGACAACUGGUUUCCCAUCUCUAAUUACUAUAUUUUCUGCUCCUAAUUAUUUAGAUGUUUAUAAUAAUAAAGCUGCUGUUUUGAAAUAUGAAAACAACGUUAUGAAUAUUAGACAGUUCAAUUGCUCUCCACAUCCUUAUUGGUUGCCAAAUUUUAUGGACGUUUUCACUUGGUCUCUACCGUUUGUUGGGGAGAAAGUGACAGAAAUGUUAGUAAAUGUCCUGAAUAUAUGUUCUGAUGAUGAAUUAAUGUCUGAGGGUGAGGAGACCUUUGAAGGGGAAGGUAAGGAAGAAGCUGCGGCCUCAGCAUCUGCUAGAAAGGAGGUCAUUCGUAAUAAAAUUAGAGCUAUUGGAAAAAUGGCCCGUGUCUUCUCAGUGCUCAGAGAGGAGAGUGAAAGUGUGCUGCAACUGAAGGGUCUCACUCCUACUGGCCAGUUGCCGAUAGGGACGCUUCAAGGUGGAAAAACGUCUAUCAAAAAUGCACUUGCUGGAUUUUCUCCUCAUCACAAGAUUACUAGUUUUGAAGAAGCCAAGGGUCUCGAUAAGAUCAACGAAAGGAUGCCACCUCGAAAAGAUGGUCCUCCUACUCCUCAGGGAUCUGGCGAGGAUCGUGGUGGGUUGUCUCACGGUGUGAAUAGCUCAUGAGGAAAGCUGUAAUAAGCCUUCGAGCUCUAGCAAUAUCCCUAUAUGCUCUGAGGGCUCAUUGUGGGGCAGUUACGUCAUCCGCGACACUCUUUCAAGCAAAUAUACAUUUGAGUGCUUUUUUGCAGUUGCUGUGGAACUCAAUAAUAUGGUGUAAUGCCCUACAAACUCAACAAAAUACCCUAUUCUUUGCUUCGGGUGUCUUAUACACAUAGUGUUUGUGGGGGCACCUGGUGAGCUGUCGAGAUGCUUUCUUCCUGGUGCGCAAGCUUUUGUUAAUAUAUGUACACAUUUUUUUUUUUUUUGGAACUUGUGUAAUUGCAAAGUCAUUGAUUUUAUAUCUAAUGAAUUGUUAAUCCUGGUGAACAUUAUGACUUUUUUUUUCUAAUUUGCUGUGUUUUACAAUAUUUGUAUUUUUGAUCGUUAAGUCUCUUUCGCGAUUCAGCAUUUGUUUCUGUGAAACGGGUUGAAAUGCUUGUUAAGUAACUGAUAUUUAUGUUUUGACAUCUUCACUUCUCACCAGGGCUGAUGCUCCAGUGCCCCUUCAGCAUGGCUUUCUAGUUAUUAAUCUUAUAACACUCCAAAAGCUGUGUCAUUUUGUGUAAUGGUUUGGAGCAAAGCUAAGUAAGAUCCAGGUUUUUGUCUUUCAACCUCCCAUGAAAGCCUUGUAAGUGAAUUUAAUUUACUGUUUUGAUUGUUUCAAGAAAUGCUUAAUAUUUUCAAAAACAAAACUGUGAUGAAACAAAAGCAGUUGGAGACAAGGAAAGGAAUUUCAGGCUAAGAAGAAAAAAAAUAUUAAAGAUUAUAUAUCAAGUGAUUAUAAACCUUUAUGACUUAUAAUGCUUGCGAAAUUGUGUUUUAUCCUUUAAUUGUCUAUUUUAUGUUGAUUCAUUCAGUCAUUAAAAAUGUUUUAUUUGCAGUAUUUUUUGUUUACAACUUUGCCGUUCUCAGCAACCGUGACAUUUACAUAAUAAACUUUGAAAUCUCUUUCAUGUUUAUCAUUUAAAUUAAUCAAAGUAUUUAUUAUUUCUCUUUAUUCUUUAUUAUUGAUUUAUUUUCUCUUGUGCGACAAUAAUGAAAAUAAAAGUGAUCACAAGUUACAUUUUACACUUGUUGUUUUGUAUGUUUUUAUAACUGGAUUUAAAAUAUUUUGUUCUGCUUAAUGAUAUUUGAAGUUUAUGUUUUGUUUAAAUAAUUUGUUUUAGCAUGGCUUUUAUGGCUGUGUUUACAUUGAGGAAGACUUAAUCCUUAAAAAAUGUAUGUAAGCAUAUCUAAAAAUAAAAGAAGUUCAUCUUAUGUGAAUGGUUUGUUCGCCCUGCCAUGACACCUCCAUUUCAAGUAUUUUCAAUCACGGAUUGUUCAAAGGAUUAGUUUUGUUUUCUUGCACAAAUAUUGCCAAACCCUCUAAAGGGCAUGCAUCCAUUGGCUUCUGUGAAAUUUGAGCCUGGCCAUUGAGUAUUUUGUACAGAUUACAUCUUCGGCCCGGGUUUGCUAGCUAUCCUCUAGGUUAUAUUUUUAAAAAUCUAAUUGUUUUUUUUUCCUUUCAUUUUUUUUAACUCUUACAAACAAAUUUUUAAACUAGAAUUAUACAUAUAAUAGCCUUGCUAUUUAUCUGCCUCAAGCAUUAAAUACUUUGAAAAUAUCUAUGAAAAUAUUUUGUAACUAUAUUGUUUAAGAUAACUGUUUUCGAUGCAGUGCAAAAAAAAAUUUAGAUGUUAAUUUUCUUUUUUGCUCAUUCUACAUUUUGUAGUGGGGCAAUUUUAAUAUCAAUAAAUUUGCUGAGCAGUAUCCCUCUGAUAUGAAUCAAAUUAAAAUAAUUUUAAAUUAUAGGGGUUCUGACAGUUGCAGCUUUUUUUUUUUUUUUUUUUUUUUUUUNUUUUUUUUUUUUGCAAUUUCACCCCAUUUUUAAUCUUGAGUUCUGCUUAUUUUCUAUUUGAUGUAUAAAAUGUCUUAAGCAGUGAAAUUUUACGAGUCUAAUUAUUUUAUUUUAAGGCUUAUAGUGCUUAUUUUGUUUUUUAAAUAUGAUACUCUAGAUGUAGCUAUCAGCUAAGUAUCUUUUCCUAGAGUGUUAAGACUUUUGGAAGAAACUGAUCAAAAGUAAUAAAAAUGAAGGAUCUGUUAACUUUUUACCCUACACUUUCUUCAUCUGUCGGACAUUUAUUUUAUUUCUAAUUAUUUCUUAUCACUCUACCUGCAACAAUAAGUACUUAAAUUUAAAUAAAUAAUAAUAAUAAUGACCCAAUUCAACCAAUAUAAAAGAAAUGCAGAAAUGUUGCCUUGCCCUUUUGAUUGAGUGGUUAGAAUUAAGCUUAAAGAUGGUCAGAAUGAUGCAAUCUAGUCAGUUGCCCUGUUCACAAAGCUCCCUGUGCCAUUCCUGAAACUUUAGAUAUGUUCAUUGUUUAACCUUUUAUUUUGUUUGUUUUUAUGUUCCCUAUUAGAUGUGCCUCAUUUUUAUUUAUUUGUAGUUUAUAUUCUGAAUUUUAUCUAAUAUAAAUUAUUUUUAACAAUUAUAGCAAAAUAAGUUGUAUUGACUAUAUUUAUUAUUUGUUUUGGACAAAUGAGUGAGAUAGCACCUUACUUUGCCAAAUAUAAAAAUUUAGUAGUCAUAAGAUUUCUAUGUUUGUAGAAAUAAAAUAAUUUCAAAAUUUUAUUUAAAUGCAUACUAGGUUUUAUUGUAAUGGCCAUUUCAUUCUUUUCGAAAACAAAUUAACAGAAGGUAUGUAUGUAAUUCUAAUUUGGUUUAUUUAUUUAUUAAUUUUUUUUGUUGUUGAAAAAGCAUGCUACCUUAUGAAAUAUUUAAAAGUUUGUACUACAUAUUUUAUUUGAAAAAUUGAGGAUUUUAGAAUGUAAGAAAAUGUCAGUCUGCUUCAAAAUUGUUAAAUAUUAUAUUUAUUCUAGAAUUAUAAAUUUUUAGAAUAUGAAUUUCUAUGAAUUUUUUUAGUAUUAUAUUGAAAAUAUGAAACUUUUUUUUUUCCAUUUGGUUUCACUAGUUUUUUAGUUAAAAUUAUGUGUGCAGCCACUAAUUUAAUCAUUAAAUAAAAGUAAAAUUAGUUUAUAUAUUUUUUUGUUAAAUGAUUAUCGAAAUUGUUUUACAGGUAUAAAUUUUAACAUUAAGGUAGGAUAUGUUAGAAGUAAUAAAUGCUUAAAUUUAGUUAAUUAUUACAAAAGUUUCUCAUAAAAAUGAUAAGCACCGUUGGUCGAAAGAGAAGGGGGGGGAAGAUAAUGGUAACCCCCAAUGUAUAACAAUUGAAAGAAAAUAUUUUUAUUUAUUUAUGUAAUUUUUUUUUUUUUGAGAAUUGGAUGGAUGUAAUUUUCUGCUAAAAAUAAAUAUUUGGCAUUUACUGUGUUUGAAUACUCUCACAAUUUGCCGAAAAGUAUUUGUUGAAAAACGAUGCCAUAUUUUUUGUUUGUAUUCUUGUUUUGCCUUAGUUUGAGUAUUUUACUAAUUUAGUAAUGCAAGUAGGUAAUUUAACAAUGGACUUAAUGGAGCGUUAAUGUAUUUUUGUUUGUAUAAAUAAUUAUAAUUUUAUGCAGGGUGUGAAUAUUUUUAUUUUGUGUGUUGUUAAUGUUAUUCUGUCUCUGGUUGGCUAUAGGCACUUGGAACUCAGUGUAUCUUAGCACAACAGCAAUAGACACUUUCCUGGAAAAUUUUUGUUGCCUUAUCAGUUAUUUGAUGUUUGUGUAAUCAAAGAUGUCUAUAUAAUUAGACCUUUUAAGUUUGAAGAUGUGUAUUAAAAUGAUCUCUCCAUAUUGUUAUAUAGGCACUAUUGUGCAAGAUUAUGUAAAUAUAUUUAUAGAGCAUUUUAUUGGUAAAUUCGAAAUAUGAUAUCUAAGCUAUUUUGCACUCUGCUGGUGCAAUUUUGAAAUAAAUAUCAUAGAAUUAUUAAUUUAAUAUGAAACAUUGAUUGUUUUUCAUGGGUGCUCGUCAGCUUUAUCUCAACCUUGGAUUGUCUAUAUUUUAACCAAUGGCGGAAUUACGCAACUUCAUACCUCUUUUUUACAACGGAUGCGUUUGCUAUUUUAUGUGAAAAUUUUUCCCCCGUUCAUCUCUCUUUAUAGAGCCGUACAUAUUCUAUGCAAUGUAUUGAACUAAAUAUUUAGAGAAUUAUUUUUAGUUAAGAGGUUGGAAAUGUGUGUAAGAAAUAUUAUUUUUGCACUGCAACAUUUAUAGCAACAAAAAUUGUGCGUGGAUUUUUCAUGGUACAGCUUUGCCCAUCCAAAAUGUUGCUGUGUGCUUUUUUGCCUCUCUUGUAAUUUCUUCUCCCGUAAUUUCAGGAAUAUAUAAUCUCAUGCUGAAUUAAUCUUAAAAUUAUUAAUCAUGUAUUCUUGUACAUAUUUCUGCUCUCCUCUGGAUAGAAUAUAAAAACCAAACGUAGCACAAUUUUUAAAAUAUUAAUUCAAUUGACUUGUAGAUUUUACUUUAAAACCAGUGCACUUUUCUGGCUCUCUAUUUUUACAUUUUUUUUUAAUGCAAUACCUUUCUAUUAAUUUCUAGAAAAUUGACAUUUGUAUUUACUUAUCAAUAAUUUAUGCAUAGUUGUGGUUUAUAUCUCAGUAAUUCUUCACUUUUAUCAAAUUAAGAUCUUCAGAUAAAAUAUUGAUUAUUCAGCAUGCUGUUUAUUAAAUUAAUUACUUUUAGUCACUUUUUUAUAAAUAAGAGGUUUUAUUCCCUCCUUCCUUUUUGAAAAGAGUUUUGCUUUGAUAAUAAUUUAUUGCAAUUUUGGUUUUGCUAAAAUCUUUCCUGUGUUAUGUACAUGACGAAUAUCCUACAAAUAUCAUAAGUAAAUCUUGUAUUAAUAGCUCUUAUCUUAUUUAAAUGGUUUUAUAACUAAAAUAAAUAACAGAAGAUUUGAAAUUGCUGUCAAAGUGUUGGACUGUUCUAUUUAAUUGAAGUUAUAUGUGAUGGAAUGAUAUAUAAAUUUAACCCCAUUUAUUUAUUGUUUGCGUUGGAAUGUUUUUGUUUUUCUGAACAUUCAUUUUUAUCGUAUAUACUCACGAGGCAUAUAAGUUAUAAAUUUGUGUAAACUUGUAAAAAAAUAAAUAACACAUCAUUUGUGUUACAUAUUGUUGAUUGUCCUUCAAAAUCUUAGCACAUGGACUGGUUGGCUAAAUUCAACAGUUAAGAAAUUCGCCUUGAGUGCCUUAAAGUGUGCUACUAAAUUUAUUAUUUUCUGUCUUACACCAUUCUGUUAUAAUAUUCAUCUUCUCAUUAUUUUGAAAGCCAAAUGUAUAUAAUUUUUACUUUAGAAUCUUUCAUUGAUUUGCUCUAAAAGUUUGAAAUAAUUUAGUCAAUCCAAUUAACUAUUUUUUUCUUCUUAAAUACCUGUUUGUGAGAAUGAGUUAAAAGAAAAUGUGUGCAUUUUUUCAGAAUUGUAUGAGUCUUUUUUAUUUAUUUUUAUGUUGUGCACAUAUUUAGCUAGCUGUUUUGUAUUAAGCCAGCCUGUCCAUUUCGCCUUACAUGUAUACUAACAAGUUCAGCACAUGUCAUGUUCUCUCAAUGUGUAAUGAGAAAAGCCAUUCAGUGUUUUAUGUGUUCUUAAAUGAAAGUGGCUCAUACUGAAAUAUAUGCAAAAAAGUUAAAAAUACAUAUAUGAAUCAGCUUUUGUGGAUAUUAUUCUUUCUCUUUAUAUAGAACUGAAAACUGCUCAAAUUUUUUCUUUAUUUUGAUGUAGUUAAAUGUAUCAUGAUUUUAGAUUUACUUGUUGAAUAAUGAUUUGUUUUCUUCAUUUUAUAUAGUUUAACUUUUUAAACACAAGUGCAAUAUCUGAUUUUUGUUGCAAGCAAUCGGCCUGUUUUGAAUUGAUUGAAUGUUGACUAGAUUUGAGGCUGAUAUUUAAUUAUUUUCUCCUUAUUUAUUAGCCAUACAUGAUUAUGUUUUAAACAAAAUUGAACCAAUGACUGAUCUCAUAAAAUGUAAUUGCACUUGUUAUGUAACUGCAAGGCAUAGUGGAAAAUCAUUUUCAUUCUGUUUUGAUGUGUUUGAAAUAUUUUUUUAUGAGAGAGAAAUUUAUAAUCAAACCUUGAAAUCAUUUUAUUAUAUAUUACUGAAUUUGUUUUAGUUACUUCGAUAGCUUCUAUCGAUUUGUCAGAAUUGUACAGCUUUUUAUUUUAUUUUGUUUAAAUUAGACUUUUGCACAAUUGUAUUUUUCACGCAGUAUGUGUUAUAAUAUGUAUAUAUAUAUCAGAACUUAAAAGGUGAAAAAAAUGUGAUGACUUUAACCCUAUUGUAGCACAAUUGUUUGUUGUAAUAUAGUACUGUUUAAGGUUUCUAUAACUUGUAAAAAAGAAAAAAUCCUUGCCUUCUCUCUCUUUAAGAGACCAAUUUGAACAUGAAAAAUCAAUUAAAUGUUUGUUUGCAUAUCAUAGAUUAUCUUUAAAAUAUUCUCACACUACUUGAAACCUACUUUCAGCCAUUGCUUAGUAGUCCUGCAAUUUUUGAUAAAACAAUCAAAACUACUAUAUAUUGAAUUUAAAACAAUAGGCAGCCUUUUGAACGUGAAAAAACAAACAAGCAUUCUCUUUAGAAAAAUAUUAUUAGAAGAUUAAAUAUGCAUUUUUAUAUAAAUUUAGUAUCUUUCUUAAAAAUUUAGAUAUUCUCUCCCUUCAUGUUCUCAAAUAUUUAUGAAGUAUUUAGGCUAACUUAUUUUCCAAGGUUGGAGUUUUUAAAAAAAAUAACAUCUUAGUAUACUUUUGUAUAUUUACCUUGUUAAAGGAGAAAGAAAAUCUAAGCUAAAUCAAAUAAAUACUAAAGGUAUUCGUGAUAUUUGUUAUUGUUGUUUGUAUUUUUGUUCUAAAAUUGCAGUCAACUCCUGAUUUUCCAGAAUAGUUAAUAGAGAACUAACAUAGCAAUUUAAUUAUAUUGAGAAAUUAAAGGUAGCAACAUAUAAUACAAUAGCAAAUGAGACUUAGGUUUUUUUUUUUAAUAUUUUCUCUUAAUGAAUUUAUCUAAAUCCUGUAUAUUUCCAAAUGUAGGCAGUGAUUUUUCAUAAACUUUUCGUAAGCCAAAAUGAAGCUAUUAGAAUGUGAUCUCUUGAUUUCGCAUAAUGCUAUGGAACAUCGCCAUCCAAAACACUAUUCCAUUGACCAAGCAUUAGCAAUAGAUCACUGAGUAUCACAAAAUUUCACAUACAUAAAAUGAGGUGAAAGUGUCUAAAAAUAACUAAAAAAGAAACAUAUAAAUGUGUUGAAAGGAAUUUUUUUUUGAUUUGAUAAAAUGUUCUUUUAUUGUUCGUUUUUUCAUAAAACAGCAAACGAUUUGAACAGAAAAAAAAUUAAAUGUGCUAGCUUCAGAAUUCAGAUAGCUCUCACUAUCAGUAACUGAUAUGCUGUAUCUUUUUAUCAAGUUGUACUGCUGAUAACGUCAAUAUAGGAUAGUUAGUUGAAAGACUUGAGAACAGGAAAACAAAAGAAGGUAUCGGUUGGAAUUUCAAUAGAUUUUUAUUUCUGAACAAGGACAAAUAAGUAAGCUAAGAUGUCUGUGUCUUUAAAAAAUGAAUUCGAAAGUUAGCAUGUUCUGUCUUUUUUAAGUCUGCUUAUACACAAGUUUUUAAUUUUGGGUAAAUUUUCAAAGAAAAAACAUACUCAGCUUAUACAUAGAUAAUGUUAAUGUCUUAAUAAUGUUUCAGCAACUUAACUCGAGGUUCAUGGUUGUCCUGAUAUACCAGAUUAAAAAUUUGUCUUUAUUUUUGUGUGUUCAGAGCAUUUUGGAGCAAACACAUAUUUUUAAAAAAUAGAUUUGAACAAUCAGAAAAAUUUUGAUUUUUAAUCCAAUAUCUUUUUAUUUUAGUUAAUAAUGCGUGUAAUAAUAGCAAAAUUCGAGUGUUCCAAUUUGGGGACUGUCAACUAAUUAUAUCUAUAGUUCAAGCAUAUAGUCUUAGCACAUUGUUUCAACCUUUGUUCAGUCUUUUAUAUUAAAAAAAAAAAGUUUAUCAAUAAUUUUACAUCAUAAAAUUUUUAUGGUGAUGAAUUCAGGGAUCGUAUACUUAUUUUUUUAUUCUAAGCAAAUGCAUUAACACUUCUGUAGUGUAGAUUUAUAUUGUUUUGCAAUUAUUGAUUUCACUUUUAAAAUUGAUCAAUUUCAAUCAACAUUCUUACUUCAUAUAUUUAAAUAUUUACUGAAGGUAUCUUCUACUAAAAUAAGUUUUGUACAAAAAUAUUAAGUUAGUUAUAUCUUUUUCUUUAGAGAUUUUUGUUGAAACCAUACUUUGAAAUUAUUUUAUUAAGGAAAUAUGAAGCUCUAUUAUAUAUUUAUGUGAGGGAACAUUAACUAAUUGAUACUGAUUUUCUUUUUAAUGAGACAAUACUAUAAAAAUUUUCCAUUAAUUGACUAGAAAGUAUAAUGAGUUUUUUAAGUGUUGAUUCAAUUAUACUGGAAAUAAUUAAAACUUUCUGUUCUAAACUAAGUAAUUCUGAAAUUAAAAAUAACAUAUUUUAUUAUUCUUUUUAAUAAAAUUUUCUUUUCUUACGCUUAAGUAGAGCAAAUUAUAUAUCUUUUUAGUUUACCUUUUUUAAAAGUAAUCUGGAAUAUGUAUAAUAUUCUAAAAAAUGUUCCAAUUUUUUUUUCUUUUGUGCGCUACAAAGCCAGCAUAACUGUUGUAUUAUGAAGGUUUCUGCUAUUUCUUUUUCAAUUUAUAUGCAUUCUGCAUAUUUUAAAAUUAUUUAAUCUUGUUUUAAUAUUUUAAACUUUAAGAUAAGAUAUGUCUCAUUGGUUCUCAAACAAUCCGGAGUUGACUGUAUUCAAUGAAUUUGUGAAAGUAGUGUUAUCAUUAUAGUAACGAAAAGUUUUUGCUCAAUUAACUACAAAGGCAUGGUGUGUUUUGAACUACUCUGCUGUUAAAAAGUUUUGCCUAGACCUAUUUUAUUUAAAGUAUCAUUUGAUCGUAAAUUAAUUUACAAUGUUUUUUUCACAUUUUUUUAAAAAUAAUUACACACUUUGCCCUUGUAGAGUCUAUUUUUUGGAAAAGUUAAAGAUGUUGUUUAUCCUGUAGAUGGUUAAGAAUAUUCUUUAUUUUAACAAAUCUGUUGCAAUCUUGAGCAGUUAUUUCUGAAAUUAAUAUUUAUUUGUAUCAUAAAUGCAAUGUAAGCUUUGUUUAUUUAAAUUAAUAAAGUGACCUUUACCUUUUACAUAAAAAAAGUUAUCAUUUUUAUAUGCCAAAGUAGAUUAACAUCAUUGUUUGCAAUUUUUUCUUUCCAAGUAUUUUUUUUAAAAAAUUUAUCUUAAAGCAGUUAUAUUACUAACGUGUAAAGUUCUUUUACUAAAUAAUUGGAAAUUUCUGUAUGAAAUUAAAAGCUUCUAAUAAAAAAAAAUAUUCAUUCA